AUGUCUCACAAUCUCAUUGAUAUCGUUGCCGACGGCGACACGUUGAUAAUCAUUCCAGUUGGGGAUGGUUCAGACACAGGGGGUUCCGUGUCUGACGUGGGAGCUGUGGUAGAUGAAGAAUCUGUAGUGGAUGGCGAGAAAGAUUGGGCAGAUGUUGAGACUAUCACGGACCUGAAAGUUAUCGCAAAUCAGGAAACUGGGACAACAGCAAAUGAGUCUAUCCGCGCUGCAAAGAGACUGAAGUUAUCAGAUGGAUCCCAUGCAGAGCCAGAGACUGGUACCACCGAAGCUAGUCAAGAAAUAUUUCAUUUCAGAGUUUCGAUGAGGCAUCUGGUACUGGCCUCUCCUCGUGCAAAGGCUGUUUUACAAGGUCCCUUUAAAGAAUCCACGCCGCAUGAAUCCGAUGGCCUUCUUCACUGGCAGCUUGCACCUAUUUUUGACCCAACAGCUUUUGAGACGGUGAUGCGAAUAGUUCAUGCACAGAACAAAAAGGUUCCUGAAGAGGUAACGCUCGAACAGUUAGCGAAUAUUGCAGCCAUUGUGGAUGAUUUGCAAUGCCAAGAGUCGGUUGACUUCUUCGCCUCGUUGUGGGCGAAAAAGUUGGCAAUCAAGCCACCAGAAGAGAUAAACGUAGACUUGGCAAGGUGCGAUCCUCAGCUCAACUGGUUCCAUGCCGGUCUUUGGAUUGCCCAUUUCUCCCGACGCCUUAGAUAA